UUCAAACUAAAUAAAAUGCAUUAUUUUUCACUCUUGAUUAUAUUAAUUUCAACCAAUAGUUAUUGUUUCUGUAUGAUUUACAAAUCAAAUUUCACUGAUUUGUGGAAAUGCCAGGUUUCGUAUUCACGUACUGGCAGUACUUACAAAGAUUUUUAUCCGGUUGAUGUAAACGAAAACGCUUCGCUUUACAUUGAUUUUCAUUUUGGUGUGCUAGCAUCCAGCGAUGCUCAUAUUUUGUUAACUGCAUCAGAAAACGUCAGUAAAACUGACCCAGUAUACGAAAUCGUUAUCGGUGCAGGAGGAAACACUUUUUGCGAUAUCAGGAGAAUGCAAAAAUCCGAUGUGCGCCAUUCCGUACGUAUCAAAGGACUUUUAUCUGCACUGGAUCCGAGUUUAUUUUGGUUACACAUCACACACGAUGCCAAAGGUGGUCUAAUUGAAGUCGGCAGAGAAGGAGAAAACACUUCAUUUAUUGACUGGUUGGAUCCAGAACUUUUACCAAUAAGAUUUAUAAGUUUUAGUACCUGGUCCGGUAUUGAAGCCAAGUGGUACUUCAACUGCGAUCGGUCUCAAAGCCAAGAAGAAAUCGAAAAAAAAAUGACCGCCUUUGAAAAAUUAAGACGAAAUCUUUUAACUGCUUAUGAUCCUCGAGCUAAAAACGAUUCCAAUGUAUAUAUGACUGUAAAUGUUAACUACAUAAAAUUGAACGACUACAAUCCGAGUAUUGAAAUACACGCUACAACCUCAAUGACAUGGCAUGAUGAGAAACUAAUGUGGAAUUCAACACUGUAUGACAAUAUUUCCACUUUCCAUGCUUUGGAUACAGAAAUUUGGAAGCCUGAAAUAAAAUGCUUCAGUGUCUCUAAUCUUACCCAAUCGCCAACAGUAAUAUUUGCAAGCAACCAGGGUGAGGUAAAUUGGAACCCUGAUAUCCACAUACAAUCGAUUUGUGAGAGUGCAAAAUUGAACAAUUGGCCUAGGGAUGUUAUUUCCUGCAAAAUCAUUUUUGGAUUUUCAAAUGGCAAGAUUUUAUUGGAUUUUAAUAAUACUGGAAGCAAUUUGUUUCUAGAUAGUACCAAUGAUUGGUUUAUUUUGGAAGCCACAGUAUUUGAUAUUGAAACUAAAAACGUCUCGAAAUACCUCACUCCAAGUUUUGGAUUUUAUUUCAAAUUGAAACGCUCUUCAGUGUCGUAUAAUAUAAUAUUUUUUGCACCGUUUAUAAUGAUUUCAAUAUGCUUACUUUUAUCGUUUUGGGUUCCACCAAAAAGGCACAUGAAACUAUCCCUAGGAGGUUCACAAUUGGUUCUAGGAAUUAUAAGUUUGCUGGCUUUGGCUUAUUUUGUACCGCACACGUCUAAUGAGGUUCCGUUUUUAGUUAAACUAUAUGGAUCAUUUUUAAUUGGCAGCUCAAUAUCGCUUAUAAUUUCAAUAAUAAUAAUACAAAUUUCUUGCAAAAGACACUCAAAGCCUCUACAUCAUUUUAUAUGCAAAAUUCUUACUAAUAAAUAUGUUAAAAUUGGAUUGUGGCUACCAAAUUUUGUGAGACCAGAAGAUUAUGGUGAUUUAGAUAUAUCCCUCUCAUGUACUAACUUAUCAAGACAAGAAGAUAAUAAUAAGGACCAACAAUACUGGACACUUUUAGCCAUAGCCAUAGACAGAUUGUCAUUUUUAAUAUAUUUUCCUGUAAUUUUCAUUAUAAUCAUCAAAUAUAUUGUAUCUUGUUUAUAAAAUAAACUAAUAAGGCAGUUCCACAGUGCUACUUUUGCUAGAUUUUGAUCGGCUCGAAGAUGACUCAGGACUUGAAAACACUGAGUCUUUGUGAGUGGCUUCGUCAAGUAAUAAUUUGAUUUUUUGGUGGUAUUUUUUGUUUUUUGGUAAGUCUUCUGAGAGCCUCAAGGGUGGAAUUUCGUGCAGAUCUAGGGCGAGGUAUGGAGAACCC